GUCUUGGAAGUUAUAAUUGGAUCAGAUGAUCUGGAACAGGAUAAUACUCUCAGUGGCUUCCAAGAAGCAGAGCCCAGAAGCAUCACACCUCGAGAUUCUACAAUAUUUUAUCAAAUUGCUUCUUACUCAUUCAAAACUAUAUAAUAAAAUAAGAACACAAACAAUUCAAAACUUUUGAAUCUGAAUCUAAAUCUUCUUAGUUCACCCAAUAAAGUAAGAAAACAAAAAAAAGAGACUCAAGGCUCUUUCUUUUCAUAGUUCUCUUAUAGUAUAGUUGAGCAAACCCGGAAAAGAAAAGUCACCUCCUCACAAAGUGUCCAAUGCCUCAGCUGGAUCGUUCUAGGGUUUCCACGACCAAACUGAUCCUCUCUGUGGCCGUCGAGGGCGACUACUACGGUGGAUCAUCAGCCGCCGUUCCCUUCAAAUGGGAAUCUCAGCCCGGAACUCCAAGACGACUCUCCAAACGAUCCUCCUCUUCCGGUUUCAAUUCUGAUUCUGAUUUCAAUUUUCCGGUUUCAGCACCACUAACACCUCCUCCUUCUUACUUCUACGCUUCUCCAUCCUCUACAAAACACGUAAGCCCUAAAAAAACCAACACUCUCUUUAGUUCCUUGCUUUCCAAGAAUCGUAGUGUGCCAUCUUCUCCGGCUUCUUCUUCUUCGUCGUCCUCGUCUUCAGUUCCAUCUUCUCCAUUGAGGACAUCUGAUUUAAGCAACAGAAGAAGAUCAAUGUGGUUUGAAUCUGGUUCGAGUUUAGACUACGGAUCGAAUAGUGCUAAAUCUUCUGGAUGUUACGCUUCCCUUGUCAAGGUGUUGCUCAGAUCAUGUUAAAUGAUUCUGCCUUUUUUCUUAUAUUUAACUCUCUCCUAUUUUCUUAUUAAUUUUCACUUCUUUUUUUUCUUUUUUUGUAAUCUUGGAAAUAAUUUCUAAAAACUAUGUUUCAUCGAUUCAUAUCAUCAUCUCUAUGAAUCAAUUGAUUGGAUCAUAUGGCUUCUAUUUUUGUCUUUAAAAGACGUGCUUUUGUAUAAUUAGAAAUUUCGAC